GCUGCCAAGAGCACCUCACAAACAAGUGCAACAUUGCUGUCUUCCAAAACCCAAGUGAGUGCCCCAGCAUCAAUGUCCAAGAGCAGCACUCAGGUGGGCACCUCGCUGCUGCUGGCCCCCAAGAGUGGCACUCAGGCAGGCACCUCGCUGCUGCUGGCCUCCAAGGGCGCUAAGGCAGGCUCCUCACUCCUGGCCUCCAAGAGCAGUGCCGAGGUGGCUGCCUCGUUGCUGGCCGCUCGGAGCGGUGCUCAGCAGGGAUCUGCACUGCUGACUUCCAAGAGCAGCGCUCAGGUGGCUGCUUCACUGCUGGCUGCUCGGAGCAGUGCUCAGCAGGGUCCUUCGUCACUGGCCUCACGGGGUGGAGCUCAGGCAGGUGCUUCCCUGCUGGCAUCCAAGGGUGGCACGCAGGCAAGUUCCCCACAGCUUGCCUCCAAGAGUGGCUCCCCCGGGGGCGGAAGACCCGGUCACGGCUCUGGGCAGGGCGAAAGCCCUGCUAAGGCUUUGCGCAAACCGUUGACCAGCGAAGACGUGAAGGAAAGACAACCUUUUUUCAACAGACUGUACAAAGCUGUAGCCUGGAAACUGGUUGCUGUUGGAGGCUUCAGUCCCAACGUAAAUCACGUGGAACUUUUAAACUCAUCUAUUCAGUCUGUAAAAGCUACUUUAGAUGUUGCUUUUGUUCCCCUGAAGGAACUUGCAGACUUGCCUCAAAAUAAAAGCUCUCUGGAAAAUAUAGUUUGCGAACUGAGGUGCAAGUCAGUCUACUUGGGUACUGGCUGUGGUAAAAGUAUGGAAAAUGCCAAAGCAGUUGCUUCAAGAGAAGCUUUGAAGCUGUUCCUCAAGAAGAGAGUUAUUGUGAAGAUCUGUAAAAGAAAAUACAAAGGUAGUGAAAUUGAAGAUUUGGUACUUCUGGAUGAAGAAUCAAAACCUUUGAAUUUACCUCCAGCUUUAAGAAAUCCUCGUGAGAUCUUGUAGGGGAGCUUUGCUGUUUGUACUGUGUAUAGUAUUUCAACACAAGGACUGAAGGUUAAUUUUGUACUUUGAAAACGUAGGCUUACAGAUAUUUUGUAUUUUUUUCUCAGUUUUGCAAGACAACGAUAGUCCUUUCACUUGGUAGCAAUUGUAUAAAACUUGUUAGAGAUGACAGGUGCGCAUUUAAAGGUAUGCCUUAAUAUAUAGCACACUAGUGUGCUGGUCUGUUUGCAAAAUAGU